CAUUGUGGCAGCGUAUAGCACAACAGUAUACCGUGUGGGCUCCACAAUGAUUAAAAUACGACCAGUGUUCUUGGGUCAAACUGCCAGUUAAUCCCCGGGAGUAGUAUAGUCAUUUUGCCGGUACUGACUGGCUGCAGACAGUGGACACAUGCUACCGCAAGUUUUUGCUGCUGGAACAACCAUUCUCAUAUUAUGCCAGGUAAUUUGUGUGGAAUUUUGAAGUCUUUUGGAUCAAUACACCGACAUGAGUUGAGAGUUUUCUCUACAUUUAUGCAGCUGUUUAUAAGCACUGUGUACCUCUUACUCUAGACUGACCCUGGUUCAAAAUGUGCUCGAGCAAAUUCUAGUGAAGUUAUAAUGUGUAUGUGAUUGUGAAGUUAAAUCCUUACAAGUCUGCUGGACGUGGAUGUGAUGUAUGUAAUGUUCUCAACAGAUCUACGGUUCGGGAAUUUCCCAAUCCCUCUCUCUGGAGCAUUUAUUUCGUCUUGUACAGACUGAGCAAGGAUAUUAUUGAAGUCGUUCCUCAUCGUGCGUGAGGUUGAUCUUGAACGGGAGAAAGAGCUUCUAGCGGGCCACGGAGGGGGAGUCCGUGGGUGAAACAUGUCAUAUCGUCCCGUCAGGAAUCGGAGUAGCGGAGCCUCGGGGAUGAUUGUCCCGGAAUAUAAAAUCGCUCUGCUUGGUAGUCUCGGGGUUGGCAAAUCAGCCCUGACAGUUAAAUUUAUAACAAGACGUUUUAUCAACGAAUAUGACCCAACAUUAGAGGACACAUACUCCAAAGAAGAUGUGAUAGACAACCAAACGAUGCUGGUACGGCUCAUGGAUACUGCUCAUGGGGAUGCGGAAAAUCUUGAGCGUUACAUCCAGUGGGCAGACGGCUUAAUGGUGGUUUACAGCAUCACAAGUAAACACAGCUUUAACUAUGCCAAGAACCUUCUCCUAGAAAUCUCAGAGUUACAGAAGUCUAGGGAGACCCAUGAAGCGCCAGUAAUCCUCGUGGGAAAUAAGAACGAGAUGGAGAGAUAUCGGCAAGUGAGUAAGUUAGAUGGGAGUUCACUGGCCACACAGUACGCAUGCUCAUACCAUGAAGUAUCAGCAGCAGGAGAAUUCAAAGAUGUAGAAAACGUCUUUCAAGAAACUGUACGCGAGAUUCGGCGAGAAGCCGACAGACAUGUACCCCUUAAGCCGUUAUUUAUUAGUGAAGAGAAGACCAUCCCACCAUCUCCACCCUCCUCAAGGAAAGACAGAGAUCGUGCCAAAUCUCCCCAGCCUAAGGCACCCCGAGUGCUGCAAAAGAGAACUGUUUCCAGUUUCAAGUUUUUCAACAAGGGAUUCAAAAUAUUUUGAAAAAAAAUGGACCCUGCUUUUUAGUCCUGAACCUUGCCUUGGUGUGGAGAACCAAGAAUGUCACUUAACAUCGGUUCUUCCAUUUUUUGCUUUAAAAAUGCUCUGAGAUGCAAUACAGUAAGGGUGAGCUUCCUUAACACCAAUCCAUUUUACCUACCUACAAAUUGUCAGUACUGGAAAUGUAAGAACCAGCUAACCAACAGAUUUUUGAAUGGAAUUUCAUCUGACAGCAGAAACAACACCAGAAGUAACAUGAUAAUUAUUACGAGGUCUUCUGGUCAGCAGGAUGUAAGCAUGCACCACUGGAUGAGACCCCAGUUUACACAAGACUUAAAAAGGCAGAGCUAUGGUCCUGUAUGAGCGGACUCAUUGUUUGUUUUCUCUACCAACACAAGGCGUCUGUGAUUGCCAAGCUAUGAUUGGAGUCAACCUUGAAUCAGCGGGGGAGUUCGGUCAUGCACACCGGACGACUUCUCUUAAUGUGGCAGGUGUCAAUAUCUUGGGAUCCAACUCUUUCAAAAAGUCCUUUCCUAGACCCUAGAAAAACAAUUAAAGAUAAACGACACCUCACUUGGUAUUGGAACAGUAACACUUUGCUACAAAGCAUUCAGUGCCCACUCACCACAUUUGUGAAUUUCCUCCCUUUGAAAAAAUCAAACACUUUUGAUCUGUGGCUGUGCUCUGUGGUCAUAUAUGGGUUGACUGGGCUGGCUCCAAAGCCCUUGCAUGCCAGCAGCUUGAGCAUCCUUAGCCCUUGCAUGCCAGCAGCUUGAGCAUCCUUUGCUCUUCAUCUUCUCAGCUGCAAGUUAGGAUGAUUAUUCUCCCAAAUUGUUAGUAUUUUUGUUGAACUUUAUUAUUGCGAUAAACCGCAUGCCGAACAAAGAUAUUGACAAAAAGGAGACUGCCAACAUAGGGCCAGAUAGCUAAGUUUGUAAAGCGCUAUUCAUAUAUUAUUUACAACCAAGCAUUAAUAAAACCCAUACAAAAUACAAACAUGAACACAAAAAAUGCCAGGGACAUACGCCUGGAAUUUAAAAAGUUUACCGAAAAACUGUAGCCCGAAGGCCUUCAAUUCCAAUAUCUCUGGCCACAUCAAAAAAAAUAUAUUAAAAAUCUAUAUUUAAUGUUAAACCAUUGGAGGCACAUUGUAGAACCAAGCAAAAUGUCAAAGGCAGGGUUUGCAAUUGUUAGUGUCUAGCAAACAGGACCAGUUGUAGCUUGUUAUUUUACUAGUCUGUCAGCUUUUGCACCGGUCGAUUUUCAAGUGAAAUAGGGAUGCUUUCUAACACUGAACUAGUCAGCCAGACCAUUUGAAGAGAAUUCUGACUGGUCCUCGGGUGUUUUUAACUGGUGUUUGGCCAGUGGACCACUGUUAAGGGAGAACGCUGAAAGGUUCAGGGACCAAUUUCAUAAAGCCUGUAAGCACACA